CCCAUUCGCCUACGGGACUCCCACGCUUAAGCCCCGGGGCAGUGACCUGGCUUCAGAUCUGCAGCGGAGUGCCCAGCAGUCAUCGGCUCCAGUGAGCGUCCCCUCGGGGAUGCACGGGGAGGGUCUGGUUGCGGGUGAAGCCUCCAGGGAUUGAGGGACAGCAGCCCCGGACGCCCUCUGACUCUGCACUUCGAGAAUUCCCARACAGCUAGUGCCAUUGGGACGGCAAGUCCUGGAAGGGACCUGGUCUCCCAGCUUUGGAAGGGAAUGACUUAGGAGCCUUAGCCUUACAGCCUGGCGUCCACAGCUCCCGAGGUCGCGGCAGAGGGGAGUGGCUUUUGUGGAAAACGCCGCCGAAGCGAUAGUCGGCGAAGAGUCCCGGUAUUCACGGGGCACAGUUCUCCGAGAAUACUCUGUGUUCUCCGGAGACUCUUCGCCUGCGCCCAGGGUGGUGCCAUGUGGGGCGGACGCCACUCAUCCGCCGCCUCCUCCCUGAACACCGCUUCCCUCUUGCAGCUGCUGYUGGCUGCGCUGCUGGCGGCGGGGGCGCGGGCCAGCGGCGAGUACUGCCACGGCUGGCUGGACGCGCAGGGCGUCUGGCGGAUAGGCUUCCAGUGCCCCGAGCGUUUCGACGCCGGCGAUGCCACCAUCUGCUGCGGCAGCUGCGCGUUGCGCUACUGCUGCUCUAGCGCCGAGGCGCGUCUGGACCAGGGCGGCUGUGACAACGACCGCCAGCAGGGCGCGGGUGAGCCUGGUCGCACGGACAAAGACAGCCCCGACGGCUCUGCAGUGCCCAUCUAUGUGCCAUUCCUGAUCGUCGGCUCUGUGUUUGUGGCCUUUAUCAUCUUGGGGUCCCUUGUGGCAGCCUGUUGCUGCAGAUGUCUCCGGCCGAAGCAGGAGCCCCAGCAGAGCAGAGCCCCGGGGGCCAACCGCUUGAUGGAGACCAUCCCCAUGAUUCCCAGCGCCAGCACUUCCCGGGGGUCAUCCUCCCACCAGUCCAGCACAGCUGCCAGUUCCAGCUCCAGUGCCAACUCAGGGGCCCGGGCACCCCCAACAAGGUCACAGACCAACUGUUGCUUGCCUGAGGGGACUAUGAACAAUGUGUAUGUUAACAUGCCCACAAAUUUCUCCGUGCUGAACUGUCAGCAGGCAACCCAAAUUGUGCCACAUCAAGGGCAGUACCUACAUCCCCCAUAUGUGGGGUACACGGUGCAACAUGACUCUGUGCCCAUGACACCCGUGCCCCCUUUCAUGGAUGGCCUACAGCCUGGCUACAGGCAGAUUCAGACCUCCUUCCCCCACACUAGCAGUGAACAGAAGAUGUACCCUGCGGUGACUGUAUAGCUCACAAGUCACCCACUGGAUUCCUU